UGCAAACACAGCGAUCAUCACUCACCAACUCGUCAUCAUCGGCGAUUGAUCAUCAUGAUGGAAAUUCUCGUAGUACUACCACGGAAAAAAAUCAAUGUAUGGAAGAGUUAAAAGUUGUUGAUAUCUAUGAUUAUACUUUUAUAAAGUGGACAAAGAAGAAUCCACAAGUAGAGAAGGAUAAAUCUGUUCCUGAAAGAUUGAAAAGAUUGGAAAAUAAUUAUCUUACGCACGGAAUGAAGAGAACAGUGGAGGCAGCUAUUGCUGUUAAUAUACAUGGUCAUCCUCAUAUUAUGUUAUUGAGGAUAGGAAAUAGUCAAAAAGGUUUUCAUAAAUUGCCUGGAGGAAGAUGUAGAAGAGAUGAAACUGAAGAAGAAUGUUUGAAGAGAAAAUUAACUAAAAGACUUGCACCAGAAGAUCCGAACGAAAUAAUGCCAGAAUGGAUAGUUCAUGGAGUUGUUUCUGUUUGGUAUAGACCUAAUUUUGAAAAUUCAUUUUAUCCAUAUUUACCAGCCCACAUAACAAAACCUAAAGAAAGAAAAUUAAUUUAUCUAGUCACUAUUCCAGAAUGUACCAUAGCAUACCCAAGAAAUUACGAUUUUAUUCCAAUGCCAUUCUUUGAUCUUUAUGAAAACUCUAAGAAAUUUGGAUCUAUCAUUAGUAGUUUGCCUCAAGUAAUAAGCAAAUUUGAGUUUAAUUACAUCUAUAAAGAGAAAUAAUUUAUUAC